AUGCCAGAAACGAUUACCCUGUCAAAACGGAAUCCGGGUGCGCGACUCGCGACCAUCGCCAGAGUCGAGACCAAGUUGCCCCGAUGCAUGCAACGUAAAUUACCGGACGUCUCCGCGUCCGUAAGAUGUCAUCCGCGAUCAAGCCCAUACCGAUGCACCGAUUAUCGCAUACCCAAGAGAUCGUACAGAUUGGCGGUCGGAUUGUCGGUGACUAGUAGGACUGGUCGGAAUACUUCAACGACAAUUCCCAAAAGCCACACCGACCGAUGUUCGCCCAAUUUCCUGGCCAGUCCUUGUUGCAAAAAGAGUCUAUCGAUGAUGGAUUUAUCCUUGCCUGUUGUUGAUCCCGACAUCGGCGAUCUCAAAUCAGAGAGCGAGUCUUCCGCCAGUCGUCUUGACGAAAUCGCCGACAGGAGCAAGGAUAUCUUGACGAAUGGCGGGAGUGCCUAUUGCAGUGGCAGAUCCUGGACGGACGCUACGCCGUCUUCGGAAUCCGAGCAGAGUGAAACUGCCGGUCUAAUCAAGGACCCGACGAUCAAUGCGGCGAACGUAGUGUGUCGCGUGCUGCUGCUGAAUGCGUGGCGACGUAGACGUGCUGAGAUCGCGCAGCUGGAGCAACAGGUGGAACACCUGCACCUGCAGAUCGAGUUUCUGCGCCGAUUGCUGCUCGCCGAGAACAAUCGGGUCGGUAGACUGAAUAGCGAAUUACAUCGCGAGAAAUCACAACUCGAGGAGAUGACGUGCCAGCGUGACGCCAUCAGAUCGGAAAAAGAAAAGUUAGAAAUGGAGCUCAAGCGCACUGAGGAAGUCUCCCAAGAGCGAUCGGUCACUGUGGGAAAUUUGAAGAAUGAGCUCUUGACCGCGCAGGAUCAGCUAAAGGCGCUCGACGCACAAAUGACGAAGGAUCGAGAGAAAUUCUUGAAAUUACGGGAAGAUAAGAGAAUUCUCCUGGAUAAAAUAUCAGUCAGCGAGGUAUUGGCGACAGAACGUGAUGCCAGAGUGGAAAAAGCGGAAUCUGCCAUCGAAGAGUUACAAUUGCAAUUAGUAUCACAGGUAUCUCUCGCCGAGUCUGCGCAGGAUCAGCUUCAGUGUACUUCUAGGGAGCUGCAAACCGCAAUAGCUGAGAGACAAAGAUUGGAAAAAUAUUUGAAAGCUAGCGAAGGUAAUGCAAAAACUUUGAAAUUACGCACGAUUUCUCUGGAGAAUCAGUUAACUGAUCGAGAAGUUAAGCUCCGCCGCGUUGAAAUGGAAUAUCAUUCACAAAUGAUGGAAUUAAAUGAGCUGAGAGAUCAAUUACUGCGACAAUCUCAAGAGGGUGGCUGGAAUCGGAUAGUGCAAAUCGCUGGGAGCAUCAUGCGCGUAUCUAUCCUACGGACAUUCGCGUUUUUAUCCAGUGCUACUCUGCCAUUGCUGCCGUAGAUAGAUUAAGAAAUUUAAGCGUGAUCACAAUUUUCCGAGACAUAAGCUGGUUUUAAUCAGACGGAACCGAAUUGAAGUACUGUUCGUUUGAUGCAAAUGACUUAGGUCUGAAGAGGAGGGUAUUUUAUGGUCAAAAACGGGCAAGGAUAAACGCUCGCAGGAUAGUAGAGAGAUUGAUAGACAUCAGCAUUUCAUACUCUACAUUUAAAAAAACAUUACAAUUUUUUUUAAUCAAUAUAUAAUUUUUGAGAAAUAGAAUUUUAUGUAUACGUUUAACACUACAUAUACUAUAACCAGAA